AUGAUUGCUAAUGAUGCCACAUCGUCUGCAGUAGUCUUUGUCGGUACUGGACCAUCUGGUAAUCCGGUGUUGUACGUGGGGACUACCUUUGUCAGGGGACCAGUGAGUAUAAUGGUCAUUAAGGCUAUACGCAAGAAAAAUGCAUGUCUGUUUUACUCGAAAGACCAUUUAUAA